GGCCCCUCCGCGCUGCUGUCCCCGCGGUGCCAUGUGCGCCCCGCGGCCGCUCCUCCGCCUCCUCCUCCUCCUCCUCCUGCUGCUGGUGGUGGUCGCCCCCGGAGCAGCCCCGAGCCCCGGAGCGGCCCCCCCGGGGCGGCCCCGAGCUCGCCGUGGGCUCACCUACCCGGGGACGCUGUGGUGCGGAGCUGGGAGCAACGCGGAUGCCUACGAGCAGCUGGGGGAGCACCGGGACACCGACCGGUGCUGCCGGGACCAUGACCACUGCCAGCACGUCAUCCACCCCUUCACCUCCCGCUACGGCUACCGCAACCUGCGCUGGCACACCAUCAGCCACUGCGACUGUGACCGCAGGUUGAAGGAGUGCCUGCAGCAGGUGAACGACACGGCCUCGCGCGUGGUGGGCCAGGCUUUCUUCAACGUCAUCCGGGUGCCCUGCUUCGAGUUCGCCUACAAGGAGGAGUGCGUGGAGCCCUACCUCUACGUCUGGUGCAGGGCGUACAACACGGUGGCCGUGGCGGUGCCCAGGGAGCCGGUGCUGUACGAAUUCGGCGGGGAGCUCAUCGACAGGGCGGCGUGGCCGGGGGGGGACGAUGCCCUGAGCCCCCCUUGGGGAGGAGGAGAGGUCCCAGCGCAGCGCCAUGCCCGCCUGCUGCCCGCCGCCAAAGAGAGGAAAGGGAUGAAGGAUAAGAAAAAGAAGGGGAAGGGGCUGAAGAAGAAGAGCCCUGGCGAAUUUGGGGAGCUGAGCCACGAUGCGCACGGCGCCCACGCUCCCCCCGGUGCCCAGCCGGGUUCGGGGGCGCAGGACCCGCUGCCGGAGCUGGGGGAAGCGGCUGGGGGCAGCAGGAAGAGGAGGAGGAGGAAGGAGAGGAACAGAAAGAAGAGGCUGAAAGGCAAAGCUGAACUGGAGGCUGCGUGAGCCCCGGCUCCCCGCGCGGGUCCUCGCUGUGUUAAUAAAGUAGGGCGUCGAGCAGA